UGUCACAUUUAUCUUUGUUUUGGUGAUUGUUUUUUUUGUUGAUUCAACAAGUUUUCAAUUUCAUGUCGAUAAUUUCGUAAAAUUAAUUAGCUUUUCUCCUUUAGUAUGAAAGAACCACUAAUAUUUCUUUAUCUCAUUGUUACCUAUUUAGGUGAACUACACGCAGUAAAUCAUUGGAUUGUAACUCAAAGUGGAAAAAUACAAGCUUUUCUAAGAUCACCGUUUGAUUUACGAAAACCUGAUGAUCUCCUGGCACUUUUGGAUCAAGAAAAUCGCAAAAAUGAUAUAAGCGAGCUAUAUGAGGAUCUUGUGUCACGGAAAACUGCUAUUGAGAAGAAAUGGUGUGAUAUUGAAGAAAAUUCCAACAUUGGUUCUAGAGUAAACUUCGAAGAUGCAGACUGUCUGGCCGCAGAAAAGCUGUUCUCCGAACUAGAUCUUUAUAAUAAUAUGGCAAUCAACGGAACUGAAAGGGGUAUCAGAAUAUCAAUUCCAAAGGACAUAAAAUUGGAUGAAGAGCGAAGUAGUGACAAGUUAACAGAACCCAUUUGCGUAAAACUAACUCCUUCAAAAUGGUCUGAGCCAAUACUAAAUAGGACCAAUUUGGUUAUAGAGCCAGAAGAUGCUUUAAUUAGAAACUUUAUACCUAUGAAAACGUUGGAUGAGUUUGGAUAUUUUGUUGUUAAAGCUCUUAAAGAAAACUCGACUUCAUGGAUUCACUAUAAUCUUGCUUCUUUUUAUUGGAGAGUUAAAGGAAAGAGUCAAGAGGCUAUUGACUGUUUAAAGUUAGCAAUUCAGUUUGGACAAGGAAUCUAUCAAGAUAUUCCUUUACACAACCUUGCUGGAAUUCUUCAUCAUUCGCGUCACCCUUUAGAAGCAAUUCAAUUGAUGAACAGCGCUAUUAAGCUUGCACCUAACGUUCCAAUACAUUAUUUUGCAUUAGGAAACAUAUACGCCUCCAUGACAGACUUUAACAAUUCGAUUAAAAAUUACGAUAAAUGUUUAGAACUUGAUCCACAAAACAAAGAAGUCGCUAACAAUAGGCAUGCGAUGUUGUGUUAUUAUAAAUUAGAAAAUGCUUUAACGUCGUUUCAAAAUGAUCUGCAAAAUAUUCUCUCAGAACUUCAUGACUAUCACAGUAUUCUUCAGCAAUGGUUGCGGUUGCAAGAGCGAUUAAUGUGGGAAACGGCUACUUUUAAUUAUGAAUUUGACUCAAUGAACCCAGAUAUGUCUCAUGUUUCUAAAAAGGUUCAAAGGUGUAUUAAAAAAACUACAGGCAACAAACCCAUUAUUUCGUGCGAGUUUUAUGAUAAAACGCCCGAAGUAGAAAAGUUAAACCUUCAUAGUUUGUUUGAAAUUGUGGAAAACGAGAGACAGAGACUGGAACAAUUCAAUCUAGAGACCACGAAAAUUAAUAUUGAACCUUCGAAAUUGGGACUUCCAAGAUUUCCCACCAGUAUGCCGACAAAAGCCAAUAAAUACUUUGACGCAACAGGAUGGCCAAAAAAAGAUGAGUGCGUAGAAUGGGCUUUGGUUUUAGAGGACAAAGACGACCUUGAAUUACCAGUAUUUAUUCCACCUGAUAAUAAGGGAUACAAAUUGAAAAAAGCCAUCACUGAUGACAUAGGCUUACCAGAUUACUCUCAACACGAUUUACCAUGGUAUCCACCUAUUUGUGAAGGCGAAAAUGUGAAUGGAGAAAAAUUUAUUCCGAUAUCCGAAAAGAAUCUUUUAGAUGUCAAAUACAAGUCCAAUGCUUAUUUAAAAAGUCUUUUUUUAAAGUAUCUUAAUGACGGUAAUUCUGACGAGAACGAGAUUGGUCAGAGAAUUAUUACUGCUAUGAAAAAAGGAACUUCACCUAAAUGGGUUUUAGCUACCCUAGCUAGUUUAUACUGGAGGGUGAGAGGCAACUUUAGAAGAGCGCUUGACUGCUUAGACAUGGCGUUCCAGAAUGCACCCAAGGAUGAGAGCGACGUAGUUUUAGUUUCAAUCGCAUCUACAGUUUAUAUGCUGGGAUUAAAGGACCAAUGCAGUAAAUUUCUCACUAUUGCGUUUAAAGUAAAUUAUGUGGAGCCCGCCACAAACUUUUUUCUCGCCUUGCUGCACUACCAGAAUGAAAAUCCACUUUUAGCAAUAUAUUAUCUAAAAAGUACAUUGAGGGUAGAACCGGACUUUUACAAUGGGGAGGCGGAGAGGUUAUUAAAAAUUUGGUCUUGUAGGAUCAAACUCGGAUACACCUUACGACCUGGUUCAUUGAUAUGAUUAAGCUGAUUUGUUGUACUUUUACUAGUCAUUAUGAUGCACAUCUUAAUUUUUGUAGGAAACAUUUUAAAGGACCAAAUCAAUAGCUACGAGGCUAUUUUAGAACGAGCCUAUCAUAGAGGACAACUGUGAAGUUGUCAAAAAGAUAUUGACAAAAUGAAAAGGUCAAGUGGGACCUAAGCAUAUUUGACAAAUCUGCUGUACCUGAUAAAAUAAUUAUAGCGACGAUGCAACAAGGACGAGACACUAAGU